AGCGAGUAAAAUUUGCCCUUUUUCCUCUUCUGCAUCUUGCCAUUCCCGUGUCAUUCCGUUCGGUGUUUGGUAUUUUUGUGCGGCUGUCUGCCCGCCCGCCGAAGGAGAAGAGAAAGAAGACAAACAAGGAGGGAUUCGCCGGCAGUUGCAGACUGCAGUUGAGCCGUCCGUCCGCUCCCAAAACUCCACCAACCGCAAUAACAGACUGGAAAAAAAAAAAAAAGCAACAUCUUCAACUUUUGCUGCCUCUCUUUGUCUCAUUCCCCCUUUCUCUCAAACAUUUAAUACCUCAAAGGGGUAAUCUCCUCUCUCUCUCUCUCUCUCUCUCUCUCUCUCUCUCUCUCCUUUUCUUGACCUAUCUGUCUGUCUGCUCUUCUGGAACUCCAGAAUUCCUGCUCCAGGAUUUCUGCUCUUGGAGGAGGAGGAGGAGAAGGAGAAAGGGCUGUGUUCUGAAGCCAUUAAACCUCUUAGUAGGAGACAAUGCCGGAUAUGCAGUUGGCUAGUCUCACGAUAAAAUCACAUGGAGCCAGAGUAGCCAGACUCCACAUGUAUGACUGGAUCAUACUUGUACUUCUUGCUAUAACAGAUGGACUAUUAAAUAUAAUAGAGCCUUUUCACCGUUUUGUCGGAAAAGACAUGAUGACCGACCUGAGAUACCCAAUGAAGAGCAAUACAGUGCCAUUUUGGGCUGUUCCGAUCAUUGGAAUUGUGUUGCCCAUUGUUAUUAUUGUUGCAAUUUACUUCAAGAAGAGGAAUGUAUAUGAUUUGCAUCACGCUAUACUCGGUCUUCUGUUUUCUGUUCUUAUAACUGCGGUCAUAACAGACGCAAUCAAGGAUGGUGUUGGUCGUCCACGACCAGAUUUCUUUUGGCGAUGUUUCCCUGACGGGAAGGAUGAGUAUGACAAUGUCACUACCAGUGUUAUAUGUCAUGGGGAGAAGAGUGUUAUCAGGGAAGGUCACAAGAGUUUUCCCAGUGGACAUUCUUCAUGGUCUUUUGCUGGUCUAGGCUUCCUUUCAUGGUACCUAGCUGGGAAAAUCAUGGCCUUUGAUCGAAAAGGGCACGUCGCAAAACUCUGUAUUGUGUUUCUACCUCUGCUUGUUGCAUCUCUUGUCGCGGUUUCUCGAGUGGACGACUACUGGCACCAUUGGCAGGAUGUAUUUACUGGAGGUCUUCUAGGGCUUGUAGUUGCUUCAUUCUGUUAUCUGCAGUUCUUCGCAUCUCCUUUUGAUGUUGACAGUUUCUGGCCUCACGCCUAUUUUCAGCAACUUGCAGAAACUCGUAAUGACAGCGAGCUCUCCGUUAUCACAAACCCCAACAAUAGGAGGCCUUCACAGUCCGGAGUCGUUUACGAUUCACCUGAACCUCACAUCGGGAUCGCCAUGAGAGACACGAGCCCGAUUCUAGACGCCAGCGAAGCCGGCAGGAGGCAAUGACUACAUGCUGCAAAUGAAGUCUACACUUGUAAACCAACACAAGCUUCCCGGAUACGAACACCGACUUUCUGCUUCUCCGUUAUUGUACUCGAUUCGCGUGGUUUCUUGCUAUGUAAUUUUUGUUAGUUUCAUUUGUAAUAUUUUUCGUAGUAGCGGUUGGUUUGCGAUAUCUGGGCCUUCGAUAGUUAUUAGGACAACAAUUGUUGUUGUUGCUGUAGUUGGUGAGAUUGUGAAGCAGAUAAAGAUUGUGGAUAUUUGUUGUGUUCAUAGUAAAAGGUUUGGGUUCUCUUUUUGUGGUUA